AUGAAAAACGAGACCUAUCCUAAUUUACAAGGAUGGGAUCGAUUGGGUAUGUUGCUAGUUAAAUUUGAGCAGUUCGACAAGGCUCAAGAUGUGUAUGAUAUGCUGGUUAAUCAAACAAAGAGUGAUUCGGAAAAAGCAGAUGUUUAUCAUAUGCUCGGAUGGGUGAAAGAUAGUCAAGGUGAAUAUACCGAUGCCCUGAAAUAUUAUAAACAAUCAAUUGAAAUCAAGCAGAACACUUCCUUCCCAAUCAGCGCUGAUUUGGCUGUUUCUUACAAGCACGCUGGUGUCGUGCAUGAGAAAAUGGCUCAUUAUUCAACUGCACUUGCAUUUCAUCAAAAAGCAUUGGAAGUCUAUCAAAAAACUCUUCCUCCAAAUCAUCUUGAUGUGGCUAAUUGUUACGAUCAUAUUGGUUUGACAUAUGGCCAGAUGGGUUACCAUUGGGAUGCAAUAUCAUUUCAUCAAAAAGCACUAGAAAUCUAUGAAAACACUCUUCCUCCAAAUCACCCUGAUUUGGCUAUUUCUUACAACCAUAUAGGCUUGGUUUAUGGUCAGAUGGGUGAUUAUUGGAAUGCAAUGUCAUUUCAUCAAAAAGCACUCAAAAUCUAUGAAGCAACUUUUCCAACAUUUCAUCCUCAUUUGGCUACGUCUUACAACAAUAUUGGUUUAGUCUACAGUAAAAUGAAUGACUAUUCAAAUGCACUUUUAUCGUUCGAAAAAGCACUAGAAAUUCGCAAAAAUACUCUUCCUCCAAAUCAUUCUGAUUUGGCUACUUCUUACAACAACAUUGGCAUUUUAUAUGCUAAAAAAGGAGAAUUUUCGAAAGCUCUUCUACUUCAUCAACGUGCUCUUGAAAUUGUACAGAAUUCAUUACCGCAAAAUCAUCAAGAUGUUCUAAUAUAUAAAAAUAACAUCGAAGUGAUAAAGAAACUAUUGUAA